GGCACCGGCGGCGGAGGAGGAGCGGGGACCGUGCCUCCGGCUCCUGCGCUGUGAACACAAAGAUCCCUGUGCAGGGUGCAGACACAAUGCACCAGCCACCCGAGGCCACGGCCGCCGCCGCCGCCGCAGACCUCGGGGCUCGGAAGAUGGCGCACCCGGCCGCAGCGGUCCCUCGAAGGGGCAGCAGCAGUAGCAGCGGCAGCAGCGGGGCCGCGCUUGGCGCCGCGGGCCCCGGCGUGGGCAGCCACGCCGCCUCGGCCGAGGACUACGCGCCUCCCGCGCCGUUGCCCGGGGCGGCGGCUGGUGGGCCGGCGCCGCCGCCGCCCCCGCAGAGCCUCCACCUCCUCUCGCAGGCCCAGCAGCUCCCCGCACCGCCCGGCGGGGCGCAGAUGAAAAAGAAGAGCGGCUUCCAGAUCACGAGCGUCACGCCGGCCCAGAUCUCCGCUAGCAUCAGCUCCAACAACAGCAUAGCCGAGGACACGGAGAGCUACGAUGACUUGGACGAGUCCCAUACGGAGGACCUCUCCUCCUCCGAGAUCCUGGACGUGUCCCUUUCCAGGGCCACUGACUUGGGGGAACCGGAACGGAGCUCCUCAGAGGAGACUUUGAAUAACUUCCAGGAAGCUGAGACCCCUGGGGCGGUCUCUCCCAACCAGCCCCACCUUCCUCAGCAUCAUUUACCUCACCAUCCACCCCAGAAUGUCGUGAUCAAUGGCAGUGUUCAUCCACACCAUCUCCAUCAUCACCACCACCACCACGGGCACCACCUUCACCAUGGGCACCACCAUCCAUCCCAUGCCGGUGUCAGCACGGCUGUUCCUGGAGGGCCACCCCCAAGCCCAGUGUCUAGAAAACUCUCCACAGCUGGAAGUUCAGACAGUGUUUUACCAGCUGCACCAACUUCUGCUGUAUCAUCCACUGGCACACCUGCAUCUCUAAUGACUAAUGUCCGCAAUACAAAUACUCCUGGCAGUAUAGGUAUAAAUUCUGUUGCUGGCACUAAUACAAUAAAUAACGUUAAAGUUACUGCAAUGAGUAGUGUUAAUCCUAACGUGACAAACAGCAUGCCUGGCAAUGUUAACGUACCUUCAAGUAACAUCAUAAGUACUGCUAAUGUAAAUGCUGUGCCUGGAGCUGGCAGCAGUGUUAAUGUGAAUAUCCUAAGUGGCAUGGGCAAUGGUACUAAUUCUUCUGUUAACAAUGUUCCUACCCCAGCUGCAGGAAUGGCUGUGGGAUCUGUUUCAGCUCAGCAGCAACAACCAGCAGCUGGCACAUCAAGGUUUAGAGUUGUGAAAUUAGAUUCUAGUUCUGAACCCUUUAAAAAGGGUAGAUGGACUUGCACAGAGUUCUAUGAAAAAGAAAAUCCCAUAGUGGUUACAGAAGGAGUAGCAGUAAACAAAGUGGUGGAGACCGUAAAACAGAACCCAGUUGAAGUGACUUCUGAAAGGGAGAGCACUAGUGGGAGUUCAGUUAGCAGUAAUGUGAGCACGUUGAGUCACUACACAGAGAGUGUGGGGAGUGGAGAGAUGGGGGCCCCUGCUGUGGUCCAGCAGCAGCCAGCCCUCCCAGGUGUGGCCCCGCAGCCAGUGGACUUCAGUAGUCCUGGGGCACAGAGUGUUUCGGCAGCUAGUCUACCACAGAGUAUUUCUCAGUCACAGAUUGCCCCAGUGCAAUUGCAUUCUCAAGAGCUGACCUAUACUCCACAAAAGCAGGGAGGUCAGCCUCCUCUGCAGGCCAGCAUAAGUGCUGUGGCUGGCAUUCAGUCGACCCCGGUUACCCUCGUUGGUGUACCACCACCUUUAGGCCAGCAGCCUCCCAUUUCCAGCGUGGCUCAACCCCAGUUGUCCUAUUCUCAGACGGCCCCUCUGGUGCAGGCCACUUUGCCGGUUGUAGCACCGCAGCAGUUACAGUAUGGACACCAGCAACAAACCGUGGCUACCCAGGUGGCCCCAGGCCACGUUCAGCCAGUGAAUCAAAAUCCCGUCACUGCUUCUCUACCAGAGUAUGUUCAGCAUCAACAAGUUCUCCAGACACCAGUGCCCCCUAUCCCUCCAAAUUCUGCAGGUGUGGGAGCAGCCCCAGUGAUGCCCGUUGCUCAGCCACAGAGCAUUCAGCCUUCAGUGCAGUCUACCACAGUCCAGGCACAACCUGCAGGGGCACCGAGCCAGCCUGUUGGACAUGGCCAGCCAGCAGUACCUCCUGGAGCUACUAGUGGUCAAGUUGUGAGUGUUGGUCAGCAAGUGAACAUCCCAGCUGUGGUGCCACAGCCGGCCGCUGUAACCCAGGUGACACCUUUGCCUUCUCAGCCUGGAAUCAUUCAGGGAAUUCAAGCCAGUGCAUCAAAUCUUCCUCCGCAGUUGGUCAUUGCACCUCAAAGUAACUUGGUAACUGUACAGUCCCAAGCUCAAGGAGCAGAAUCUGUGGCUCAAGGAGCAGAAUCUGUAGCUCAAGGAAUAGCAAAUCAGCAGUUGCCUCCAGUGAGUCCAUUACCUUCUGCCGGCAAUAUCCCUGCUGCAAAUCAAGUUGGUUCUGCUGUUCCUCCUGCAAUACCAGUUGCGCCUACAAACUUGGGUCCACUGCAGAAUAUAGCACAAACUUCAGCUAUACAAAAUGGGAAUUUGGUUCAGAGUGUUAGUCAACCUCCUUUGAUAGCAACUAACAUAAAUUUGCCUGUGAUGCAGCAGAUCCCUCUAAGUUCUACUCAGUUCCCCACACAGUCACUAACUCAGUCCAUUGGAAGCCAGAGUGAAGAAGCCAGGCAUCCUGUGGAGCAAGCAGUAGUUGGCGUACCUCAGAAUGUCACUGGGGAAAGCAGCGGGGGCCUGGCCUCAGUCUCUGAUGGGAGUGGAGGUGCCAUAGCAGCUUCAGCUUCCCUUUUCCCGUUGAAGGUGCUGCCAUUGACCACACCCCUCGUUGAUGGCGAGGAUGAGAGUGCUUCUCCCCUACCAGAGGUGCAAGGAAUGAUCCUAGAACCACAGAUACAGCCAAGACCACGGAGAGCUUUUGACGUCAGGGGUCCACUUUCUCCACUGAACCAUUGGAGGCAGAAUAUCCAGCUUCUGGAGAGAGUGGGAAAGAAUAAUAAACAAAUUUCUUUCAACUGGUAAACAUCAUACUACUUCAGCAAAAGGAAUUUCUCUAGCAGAGUCUUCAUGGAUGAUGUCUGUCACAUAUGCCAACACCAGCAGUUUGGAAGGCAGUGGUGAAUGGACCAGUGUAAGAUAUCUAGAAGACACAAGGAUGAGAGAAUCGCCUUCUUUCCAUUAAAAACUUUUAAAUUUGCUUUCUGGCUUUAUAUGAUGACCUGUUGGUGCUGGAAAUGGAAAGGCUUUUACAUAAUGAACUAAUCAUUUCAGAUUGGAGUUAUGUUUACGUGACCAUGAAAAUAAUUCUUUUCAUUCAGAAGACUGAGCUGCAGGAAGUUCCAAACACUAUUCUCUUUAAAAGCAGUUCUAGAGAAUUCUCUGCACCCUUUGGUUUUAGCAGUGAACAUAUGGAGUACAUUUUUCUGCAGUGGUAUAGGGAAUCUAAAGUGGAUGGCCAAACUGAGAUGUUCAUAACAAAUUGAUUGCUUGCCUCAUGUUUUAAAGGAAUUAUGAAGAUAGAGGAGCGAGCUUAAUUUUCUACCUGUAUCUUAUUUAUAGUUAGUAUAGGGAACUAUUGUGAUCUGAAAUCCUAACUGUUUUCUAAUCUUGGGCCUUACCACCAUCACAUUGAUUAAAUUUAUCUACAAAAAUUCCAAUUUAGUAGUAGAAGAGGCUGUACUGUGAGUAUAUUCUUAGUCCAACUUGGUCUGUCUUCUAAUGUGGUAUAUACCGUUUUAACUUGAGGUAUGGUGCUGCAAGAAGGCGUGCCUAACUGGGAUGCACACUUCGAUUUCAGAAAGCUCAGAGGCAACUUUUUCAGAGUUAUGUGAUGGAGAUUUGUUAAACAUUAGUUACUCUAAACUCAUUAAUGAGGGGAAGUGCUUAUUUGGAUGUUGAUAUAUGAAUUACUUAUAUUUGAUUAAAGUGCAGCAUUGCACUUUUUUAAAAUUGAAAAUGUAGUUCCAGAGUUGUUAAGAUUAAUGUGGAAGAUUUUGCUGCUGGUUCCCAUCCACCCUUCCCUUUUCCCUUGCCCCAAAUUUCCAAAUUCCUUUAAAUUUUUAUUUUUAUUAUAAAGAAAUUAUUAUUUAAAUAAUUCCUUAAUAGAGGAAGAUGUGUAAAAGAUACUCACACUUAGCUUUGAACAGAAUUAUCUUUGAAGGGGUUUGAAUUCCCGUAAAUGUACCAUUUCAAUUUAUUCCUAAUUUUAUUUCCUAAAUACAGACUAAAAUGAUUUGAUAGUACUCAAUAAUUUUAUAGAAAUAAAAAUUUAAAAGUUCAGGAAACAAAAUCAUUUUCUUGAAAAUUGAGUUUAACUCCAUAAACCAUGGCACAAACCAAAACCAACUUUUAAUUUGAGACAUUAUAUUUUUAUUGUUGGUUGGUUAUUGCAGUUUUAGAGAUGAACAGUAAUUUAGUCUCUUAAUUUCUUGCAUUAAAUCCCAGUAAUUCCUUGGUUUAUUUUUUUAAAAGUGCCUGCCUCUAUAGCUAGUGCCUAAAAAGAUUUUUAAAAAUUAAACUUGUAUUUUUAUGUGAAUUUGCCUAAACUUGUUUGCCUAAACUUAACAUUUUCUUGACAAAUUUUUGAAUGUCUGGUAUUUAAGACAAUAGAUUGUAUAUAGUACUAUAUUUUUCAGUGUUUUUUUUUAAUAUGACCAUCAAGACAAAGCUAAUAU